CUUUUGGCUGGCAAUUUACUGUAUGUAUUUAUUCUAUUUUAUGUAUUUUUUAAACGAAACUGAUAUCACCGAUGAAUAACACUGAGUAGCUGUGUGAAUGGCCAAUGAGUAGUAAGAAGUUUUGUAUAGCUGAGCCUGCAGGCGAUCCUAGAACGAAUGGGUUACUGCAAAAAGUGUUUGAAAGGAACUUUUUCUUCUUAUAUAUAUAUAUAAAUAGUUCUUGAGUAUGCAGGGAUGUGACAAGAUGUUCAAUUUAGAUCACUUAGACCUUUGCAAACGUUUCUGCUCUAUAUCCGGUCUUGCUCAAGAAGCGAUGCCCUGCAAAUGUGCUGUGGGGCCAGUCCCAGCCUGAAGUGUGGACAAGUUGCAGUUGGCCUUAAUCCUACUUUCCUUUUGUUCUGACUGCUGCUGCUUCACAAAUUGAAACCUUAAACCGAUUCAUGGAUCCAGUUGUCAACUCAGUGAGUGUAGCGGCCAAGCACUUGCAGAAAGCUACAUUGCGUUUAAAGAAACAUUCUACACGCAUGGCUUUGGAUCGUAGUUUGGUGAGGCUCAGGCUUAGAAACUGAUGGAAGCCGCCAAACCGGCGCCCAAGCGCCGGAAAACCAAAGCCAAUCGGUUGACAGAAGCGUUGGAAGCCGAUGCAGACAAGGAUGAAGAAGCCGAGCCCAGAGGAGUCGUAUAUUUGGGUUCUCUUCCCAACGGUUUUUUUGAGCCGCAGAUGAAGACGUACUUCUCCCAAUUCGGGGAGGUCACCCGCUUUCGGCUCUCUCGCUCGCCAAAAACUGGCGGGUCCAAGGGCUUCGGCUUCAUUGAGUUUAGACAGGAGAGCGUUGCAAAGAUCGUGGCGCAAACCAUGAACAAGUAUCUUCUUGGUGACAGGUCUCUGGUGUGCAAGUUCAAGCCCAAGGACGAGUGUCACCCGAAGAUGUUCAAGGGCUGGCGAAGGAAGCCUUUUGACCCAAGACCUCGCCGACGAGAAAAGCAGAUGCUUUCCGUAAAUGAUCGACCCACAGUCGAGGUCGAUGGUCAAGCUGUGCCACAGCUCACAGAGCUCCAGGUGAAGCACCAUGAGAGGCGCAGGAAGAAACUCAAGGGAAAGCUUCGGCAGUUGGAAAUCGACUAUGACGUCGAUGAGAUCUUGAAUGGAGGUGGGACUGCAGAUAAUGAAGCCGAGGCAGAGGAGCCUGAAGCUCAAGAACAGAAGCAGCCCAAAAAGAAGAAGAGGAGGCGGGCUGCAGUUGGUUAAUCCCGAAAUGUGCCAGGGCAUAUCCUAAGACCCUCAGCGGAUGCUCGAGUGAGACAUUCCAGAACUGGAUGUCUUUCAAUGGAACGAGGCUUCAGGUUGUAUUGGGCACCCACAUGCUGAGCAUAUUGGGGUUCCUAGGUUUGCUAGAUUCAAGAUGGGUGAUCAAUGCAAUUGUGUCUCAUUGAGCGACACCUCCAUCGGGCUUGUGCGCCCA